AGUAAUAUUUAAAUGAACUUCUAAUCGUACUUAAAUGUUUAUUAUCGCAGCCUUAAAAAUAAAAAAAUAGUUUACUGAAAACAUACAACUUGUAAAAGAUGGACAAAGGAGAUGUGUCUCCAUUGAAUAAUUGUCAAACAAAAGAGGCUAAAAGACUAUAUAUAUAUGAUAUUGGUACAAAAUUAAAUACACCUGGUCAGUAUGAUAUUGGUGGCACAUAUACUGAAGAUGAGUCAGAUCUAUGGUUUUUUUGUUCCACCUCUCUAUGUCCAGGGUACCAGUAUCUACUCAAUGUAUUUGUGUGCCAUAGAAAACCAGGAAUCAUAUCUGUAGGAAUUACUAAAAGUAAUAAAUUAACAUAUAAAGUUAAUAUUGGGACUGUAACAAACAAUGUGUUAUCUGGUUCAUUGUCAUGGCAGACAUUAAGGGCUGUGGAAAGUGAUGAAAUAAACUAUAUAAAAACUUUUUGCUUCACUGAAAUGGACACGGUGAGAAUGAAGUAUGAAACUUUGAUCAUAUAUUUGAGUAUAGAAUGUGAACCAAAGUGUUUAGUAUCGGAUAAUGUUAUAAAUAGAGUCAAACUUAAUCAUGACUUUGGAGAGUUACUAUCAAAUGAGAGCAGCAAAGAUUUUGAGCUUAAGACACCAAGUGGCAAGGUCUACAAGAUUCACAAACUUGUUUUGAUUGCCCAAAGUCCAGUACUAAGAAAAACACUUAAAAACUUAAAUGAAAAAUCACUACUUCUGGACAUUUGUGAUGAUGAUUUGGAACUGUUACUACAAUUCUUUUACACUGGAACAAUAAACAAUGUAUCAGAAGAAAAUUGCAUACAACUACUAGAAAUGGCUGGUAGAUUUGAAUUAAGAAGCUUAUUUCUUUUUAUGCAAGAUGUUGUAAAGAAACAAACAACAAUAGAUAAUGCUAUAGAUAUUGCAAUAAUAUCUGAAAGGUAUAAACUAGAAGAUAUGCAAAAAUAUAUAUUUCAAUUUAUCAAAGAACAUCCACAAGUCUUGAAUACAGAAAGUUGGAAAAAUUUGAAUGAUAUAAAAUUAACCAAAAAGCUUUUGGAAAACAUUUAUACGAACAGAAUUUGAUAAAAAAAUAUUAUUAAGAAUCUUGUGAGUGUUGGAUUUGAAAGCAUUAUUUUUUUGUUAAGAUUUUUUUGAAAUGUGAAAUA